AUGACAACAGGAAAUUUUACAAUCGAAGAUUUAGCAAAGAAUCUAAUUCAUAAACUUGAUCGUGGUAAAAUAUUCCCUCCGUAUUAUGACAAUCCAGAAAUUUUUAUUGCAAAACUUUUAGCUACAACCACUUCUUAUCCCACCGUAUCUUCUACGCCCACCACCGACACCAACUCGUCAACACCCACCACACUUAUAACCAAAUUAAAGCCCACAAAUUUAAUGUUUCGAAAACCAAAACGACCACAAAAUGCAUUUUUAUUAUGUAGAAAAAAUGUACAUCAAGAAGCGAAACGAAUUGGAUCGUGCAAUAUGAGAAUAAUCAGCAAGGUGACUGGAAUAAUGUGGAAGAAUGCCUCAGCGCAAGAGAAGCAAGUUUAUGAAAGAUUGGCUGAUAGAGUUAACGAGAUACAAAAUCAACGAUAUCUUCGUGAAACUAAUAAAAUUCAACAACAACAUCAAAAAGCAAAAUUACGGAUAGUCGCAAAUAUCAAUGAAAAUAGAAUUUCAAAGUACAUGGACGAAACUUCACUCAAGGCAAUUGAAGUUGAUAGCCUGAAUUUGUCUCCAACUAUUAUGUUGACUGUGUGUUUAUCUGCUAAUCAGGCAGAAUAA